AUGUUGAACAGUAUUAGGAGACGAAAGACUCUCGACUCUGGCGAUGACCCACGUGACAUGAUCCCACUCGUACCGCUCGUCCGAUCAGAGACCACCACCACCAUCGUCCCACCAGCCACGCCCUCUCCACUCCGGGGCGAAAUGGGGGACGAGGUAGAGGAGUUGGGACCACUCGAGUCUGAAGUGCUGCCACCCACCAAGAGAGAUUCUGCAUCUGGAUCCUCAUCACCGGACGCUGCCAAUGACCUGACUCCACCACCCAAGCCGAGGAAACCAAUGGCACCAUGGACUUUGAAGCGGUACUCUUGGCGCAAGAAGGUCAAGCCGAUUAAUGACUCUACAACAUCGGAGUCAUCCACUACGCCAGCCGCCCUUCUUCCCGUGAUUGAUCCCGCAUCUGCAGCUGAGCCCGUAAUUCCGGAACGACAACAGCUUGAGGAGGUCGUCAUCGUGCCGAGAGCCGCACCCCCGGCGCCGGUCCUCUUCAUCCCCCCCGUUCCGGCCACCCUGCUCGACUCUCAAGUUCCACCCCAAGCUGUGGAACGGGCUGAGGAAGAAGCAUCGACUUCUGGUGAGAUUGUACCACUGCCAACGCGACGUUAUAAAUUCCCAUCUCCACCACGCACUCCCAAAAUCUCGUCAAGCUCCUCCGCCGACUCCAUCGACUGGGAUGAAUAUUUGUAA